GGCGUGGCCUGGCUUGAGACUUAGUUUGCUUGCUUGCGAGAUAAGCUGCUGCUGCUGCAGAGGUUUAGUAGCCCCAACGUCGGUAUCGCUAGUGCUGAAGGUUCAUGGCUAGGAUGUGGGUGCACUUCGUAAUUUUCCUGUUAUUGAGCAGGACAGCCUCUUCUUUGCAAUGCCCUGAUGGGCAGAAAUGUGAAGGAUCUUCAACAUGUUGCAAGCUCCCUGAAGGAGAUAAGUAUACCUGCUGUGACCAGCCCCAGUUCACAGGAGCAUCUCUUCGCAUGUUGCCCCCAGAGAGCAGGAAUGAGGUAUCUAGUGUUGUGUGCCCUGAUGCUAGCACAUGUCCAGUGACGCAUUCCUGCCAGGUCACCCUGAAUUCCACCUUUGCCUGCUGUCCUUGGGAGGAGGCUAUCUCUUGUGCUGAUGGACAUCAUUGCUGUCCCCUUGGCACCCACUGCAGCACUGAUGGAAGAGUCUGCAUGGAAAAUGAAGAGUCAACCUCUGCUGUCAUAGUCAGGGCUGUUCAAUGCCCAGAUAGUGAAUGGGAAUGCCCAGAUGACUGCACCUGUUGCUUGAUGGCUGAUGGAUCCUGGGGAUGUUGUCCAAUGCCAGAGGCAUCCUGCUGUGCAGACAAGAUUCACUGCUGUCCCCAUGGCGCAACUUGUGAUCUAGUUGAGGCACGAUGCCUUGAAACUUUUGGGGAACAGCCUCUUUUAAAGAAGUUUCCAGCAAAGAAACGGACCCCGGUGUUAAAUUUGACUCAAAAAAACAUCUGUCUUGGUAAUCACUCUUCUUGUCCAGAUGCGGCCACUUGCUGCCCGCUCCCAACUAGCGGAUAUGGUUGUUGCCCUUUACAAAACGCUGUGUGCUGCAGUGACCACCUUCACUGUUGUCCACAGGGCACCCAGUGUGACCUGAAGCAUUCCAUAUGCACCAUGAUGCCUGAGGGAUCAUGGCCCAUCACUCACCUCACUGCAGGCCUCCAGACAGCUCAUGACGUUCAAUGUGAUGAUGAAUAUUCAUGCCCAGAUGGAAAUACUUGCUGCAGGACACUCUCAGGUUCUUGGGGGUGCUGCCCAAUAGAGGAGGCCAUAUGCUGCCUAGAUCAUAUCCAUUGUUGUCCAAAGGGUUACACGUGCAACUUGUCAGAAGGCACCUGCCUGAAAGAUGGCCAAAGGAUUCCUUUGGUACCCAAAAUGGACAAAAGCUCCACAACAGCCUCAGAAAUAGAUUCAAGCUCUACAGCAUCUUCCAUAGGUCAAAUAGUCCAGUGUGAUCCCUUCACAGCUUGCCAGGAUGGCCAGACUUGUUGUCGCCUUGCAACAGGUGCUUGGGGAUGCUGCCCAUUCCCACAGGCCACUUGCUGCCGGGAUCAGAUUCACUGCUGCCCCAGUGGUUACAUCUGUAAUUCAGCAGGCACUUGCGUAAAAGAUGGAGAGCGUAUGCCUUGGGUGGAGAAGACAACAGCGAUUGUUGGCAACUUCCCUUCAAGCAGGGAUGUGAAGUGUGAUGACCGGUUUAGCUGUGCAGAUGGACAAACAUGCUGCAUGCGUUUAGGAGCCUGGGCAUGCUGCCCCCUCUUUCAGGCUGUUUGCUGUGAGGAUCACCAACAUUGCUGCCCUUCUGGCUAUACCUGCAAUGUGGCAGCCCAGUCUUGUGAGAAAAGGCAGUGGCCAGGCCUUGUUGAUGCUGCAGGGGACCUGCUGACUUCAUCACAAACUGCUGUCUCCAGUCAAGAUGUAUUGUGCGGUGAAAAGCACUACUGCCACACGGGCCAGACCUGCUGCAAGGUCAAGAGUGGUGACUGGGCCUGCUGCCCAUAUGAAAAGGGAACCUGCUGUCGUGAUCGGCGCCACUGCUGUCCUUCUGGUUUCUAUUGUUCCCUGUUUGGAUAUCAUUGCUACAGAAAGUCCCCUCUCCGUUGGGACACUGGCACCAUCUCCCCACAUUCUAUUGAAGCCCAUAUUCUGCUCUGAAGUGCCUUUUUUGGGUGGAUUUGCUUGAGGCCUUGAGUUAAAGUGAGCUGUUUCAGGAAGAGUGGUAUAAGGUGGUGAAUGAACCAGGGCCACUUUUGCCAAAUUGCUAUUCAGAUCCUAAGGGAUGCCUUCUAUUCUACAUUUGUCACCACUCUUGGCCAUCUUCACUUAUAUUAAGUCAACCUCUUUACUUCUACAUUUCUUUUUUCCCCCUUUCCAUCCAUGAUUCACUGCUCUGUCCAAAGUCAUGAAGGGUAUAACCUGUAAUCUGAAAAAGGUGCCAUCCUGGGCUUCUGCUCUGAAGGUUUCAUGGGCGCAAAGACUGUCUUUGCCUCAGUCAUUCCUUAACCUUGAAAGAGAAGGGCGUUUCAAUGCACUUUCCAAAAAAGAAAAAUAGAUUGGCAGAUGAUUUUGCCACAUUGCCCCUUCCAGCCUUGUCCCACCUCGCCCUAUCCUCUUCCCACAUGGCCUAGUGUAUUGCUCUGAAUGGCAUCGCCUGGAUUUCUGAAGAGCAAAAGUAUCUUUUUUUCUGAUAGUGUUUGCAAAAUACAGAGAUGCUAAUUGUCCAAAUGAACCACUGCAGGUGUUGAGUCACUUUUGUUUAAAGAAGAGCUGCCCAGCCCACCCUUUCAUGAGAUAUAAUAGCAAUUUCUUCUUAAGAUCUUACUUUGUAGUAGCCCCCCUUCCCUUCUUUAGAAAGGCUUAGCAUUUCUGCAAAGAGAUGCAAGCUUGCUUCUCAGACAAGUAAUAGACAUUUGUUUUGCUUCAGUUGAUAUGUGGAUUUUGGCACCUGAGCAGUUAGGAGGGAAGAUGGUUGUCUUUUAUUAUCUAGGUGUGUUCUGUCCUGUGAUUUCCUCUCCUUCCCCCCCCCCCCAUGCAGAAGGAGCACAUUGAUGCUGCUCCCCCACCCUUUAUCUUUUUUUAAAAUAAGAAACUUCAACUUACAAGUGACAGGUGUUCUCUGUUAUCAGACCUGGAUGCUAUGGUUGUAUGAAAAAAUCAAAUAAAAUUUGAUCAAAGUAA